GACAGAUAGAUAGCUUAAAAAAUGUUAAUGUUUUUUUUAAUUUGAAGUAUUAUACUUUUCGUCUUUACAAAAUCGUCAAGGAAAGCUACUACUUUUACUACUACUACUAGACUGGAGAAUGAAAAUGGUUUUGGUAAGUACCCACCUUCCGUCUUCACGCAAUCCGUAGGUAGGUAGAUCGCCGCCGCCGCCGCCGCCGACAACAGAUGCUAUAAGCAACGAUCGCAUAGAUUGAUUUACAUCACGGCAGAAUGUUUUGGAGUUGAAUUUCUCGCGAAUCCGAAGCCCUAUUUCACUUUUCCCCCUUUUCAACACAACCCAUUACCGUCGUAGAAUUAGCUUGUUGAGAUCUCGCUACAAGAAUUGUCCAGUGAACUCCGAUGCCUUAUUUCAUUUUGCCCCUUGCAAGUAGUGAUCUGUAGGAAAACUUGACUUGUGACAAGCCUCAGUUUUGGAAAAAAUGUGGAUCAAGAUGGAUUUUGCCCUAGCAAUUCUGCUCUUGGCAUGUCUUCAAUCUUUUGUAGCGCCUGAUCUACAAGGGGAUGCACUUUAUGCAUUAAGGGCAUCACUGAAUGCUUCUGCUGAUCAACUCACUGAAUGGAAUCCCUAUCAAGUUAAUCCAUGCACUUGGCCCAAAGUUAGUUGUGACAAUAAUAAAGUUGUAUCUGUAUCAUUGUCAUCUAUGGGAUUCACUGGAUUCUUGACUCCUAAGAUAGCAGUUCUGCAGACUCUUAGAAUACUCUCCCUGCAAGACAACAAGAUUACUGGUGGGAUACCCAAAGAGCUGGAGAAUCUGACUAGCCUGACAAUGUUGAAUCUUGAAAAUAAUCGUUUAACUGGUGGAAUACCAUCAUCUCUGGGAAAUCUCAAGAACCUUCAAUUCUUGUAUUUAAACCAGAAUAACCUUUCCGGGAGUAUUCCUGACUCAUUAUCAUCUAUUCAAAGCUUAAUCAAUAUUCAACUUGGGUCCAAUAAUCUCACUGGUCAAAUCCCCGCGAGUUUAUUCAGAGUUUCUCAAUACAACUUUACGGGGAACCAAUUGAAUUGUGGGACAAAAUUUACUCAUACAUGUGCAUCAGAUACUAGUGGUUCACCGCACAAGUCAAUGGUUGGCACAAUUGUUGGGAUUUUGUUUGGAAUUGUUGGUCUUAUCCUAAUUGGAAGUGUCAUGCUGUUUAUGUGGAAAGGAAAGCAUAAGGGCUACAGGCGCGAUGUUUUUGUGGAUGUUGCAGGUGAAGUCGAUAGGAGAAUUGCAUUUGGACAGCUAAAAAGAUUUUCUUGGAGGGAAUUGCAGCUGGCUACAGAUAACUUCAGUGAAAAAAAUGUCCUUGGACAGGGUGGUUUUGGAAAAGUUUAUAAAGGGAUCCUUGCUGAUAAUACAAAAAUUGCAGUGAAACGAUUGACAGAUUAUGAAAGCCCUGGCGGUGAUGCUGCUUUUCAGCGUGAAGUGGAGAUGAUUAGUGUAGCAGUCCACCGUAAUCUGUUACGCCUUAUUGGUUUCUGCACCACACCAACAGAACGCCUUUUGGUAUAUCCAUUCAUGCAGAACCUAAGUGUUGCUUCCUGUCUUCGAGAGCUUAAACCUGGGGAUCCUGUUCUAGAUUGGGCUACUAGAAAACGGAUUGCUUUAGGCACAGCGCGUGGGCUUGAGUACCUCCACGAACACUGUAAUCCCAAAAUAAUCCAUCGGGAUGUGAAAGCUGCUAAUGUCUUACUGGAUGAAGAUUUUGAAGCGGUUGUUGGUGACUUUGGUUUAGCAAAGUUAGUUGAUGUCCGAAAGACCAACGUGACAACUCAAGUUCGCGGAACCAUGGGCCACAUAGCACCGGAGUAUUUGUCCACUGGUAAGUCUUCAGAAAGGACUGAUGUCUUCGGUUAUGGUAUUAUGCUUCUGGAGCUAGUGACAGGGCAGCGGGCUAUAGACUUCUCGCGCCUUGAAGAAGAAGAUGACGUGUUACUGCUUGACCAUGUGAAGAAACUGCAGAGGGAGAGGAGACUGGAUGCUAUUGUUGACAAGAACCUAAAAUACAAUUUUGAAAUAGUCGAGGUUGAGAUGAUGAUUCAGGUUGCACUACUUUGCACACAGCCAUGUUCGGAUGAGCGUCCUGCAAUGUCAGAGGUGGUAAGGAUGCUAGAAGGAGAAGGUCUAGCUGAGAGGUGGGAAGUAUGGCAGCAUGUAGAAGUUACACGUAGAGAAGAGUAUGAAAGAUUACAGAGAAGAUUUGACUGGGGAGAGGACUCUCUUUAUAAUCAAGAUGCUAUUGAGUUGUCUGGUGGAAGAUGAUGAUGAUGAUGAUGAACAAGUACCAGAAAGAAAGAAACAAAGGCAUGUCAAAUGAAAGCCUUUUUUUCUUCUUCUUCUUUUUUUUUUUUUUACCUGAUAACAGGAUGGAUGUAUUGGUUAUUAUUAUGUCUAUUCUUGGUUUACAAUAUCUGAAUAUUGUGAAUUCCCCCCCCAUAUUUGUGCUUAUGUAUUUCGAUUUUUAUGAAAACUUUGACCCUGCAUGUGUAGAAAUCUAUUAUGAUUUUUUUAAACUACUUUUGUGUAUUUGAAAUUUGUAACACUACUAUAUUUUUAAAGGGUGUGAUUUUUCAGUUUA